AUGCGGUCGGGGGCAAAUUACUGGGGAGGAACACUGGAGGUGGCGGAGGAAAACGCAGAGGAGGUUGAUGAGGAAGAGCGAGAGGAGAGGCGGCGGAGGAUGGAGAGAGGAUCGCAGGCGCAGCAGGGCAACAACUACGAGCACUUGAACGAGACCCAGCAGAGCUGGCUGCUUUUCCCAGAAGCGCUGAAGAAGAAAGGGAGGAAGAAGCAGAGCGUUGACCUGGGUUGUAUGGUGUGCAGCCGUAAGGCCUUCAAGUGGAGUCUCAUCUCCAUAGGGAUCGCUUUCCUCGUGAUUGCACUCCCAACCAUCAUCGUGAAGGCCAUCCCCAAGCACAAAUCCCGCCCACCUGCGCCUGACGACUACACCCGCGCCCUCCACAAAGCCCUCCUCUUCUUCAACGCCCAGAAGUCUGGGAAGCUGGGGAAGAGCAACGGGAUAUCGUGGCGAGGGGACUCGGGGCUGCAGGACGGAAACGACACCGUAUUCAAAAAGCGGGGCCUGGUGGGAGGAUACUACGACGCAGGGGACAACACCAAAUUCAACUUCCCGAUGGCCUACGCCAUGACGAUGCUGAGCUGGAGCUGCAUCGAGUACAGCCACAAGUACCGCUCCAUCGGCGAGUACACCCACCUCACGGACCUCAUCAAGUGGGGGACCGACUACCUCCUCCUCAACUUCAACUCCUCCGCCGCCACAGUCGACCACAUCUACGCCCAGGUCGGGGGCAGCCGCAACGCCUCCCAAACCCCCGACGACCACUACUGCUGGGAGAGGCCCGAGGACAUGGACUACCCCAGGCCCGCCAUCGCGGUAAGCGCCGGCCCGGACCUCGCGGGGGAGAUGGCCGCAGCGCUGGCCGCCGCCUCCAUCGUGUUCAGGGACUCCAACGCCGCCUACUCCAGGCGCCUGGUGAGGGGCGCGGAGACGCUGUUCCGGUUCGCGAGGGACCAGGGCAGGCGCCGCUCCUACUGCCGCGGGAACCCCUUCAUCGAGCCCUACUACAACUCUACGGGGUACUACGACGAGUACAUGUGGGGCGCCACGUGGCUGUACUACGCCACGGGGAACAACACGUACCUGUCCCUGGCCACCAACCGGGGGCUCCCAAAGAACUCGAGGGCCUUCUUGGGGAUCCCGGAUCUGAGCGUGCCCAGCUGGGACAACAAGCUGCCCGCGGCCAUGCUGCUGCUCACCAGGUUCAGAAUCUUCCUCAGCCCGGGCUACCCCUACGAGGAUAUGCUUCGGAUGUAUCACAAUGUCACUGCUCUCAACAUGUGCUCCUAUCUCCCUCAAUUUGCCGUCUUCAACUGGACCAAAGGGGGGUUGAUUCAGCUGAAUCAUGGAAGGCCACAACCUCUUCAAUAUGCAGCCAAUGCGGCCUUCUUGGCAUCUCUAUUUGCUGAUUAUCUGAAUGCAACCGACGUCCCUGGAUUCAACUGCGGCCCCAACUUCAUUCCUAUUCAUGUACUUCGAAGUUUUGCUACUUCGCAGGUGGAUUAUAUCAUGGGGAAGAAUCCGUUGAAAAUGAGCUACAUUGUUGGGUAUGGUGACAAGUUUCCGAGACACGUACAUCAUAGAGGGGCAUCAAUCCCACACAACAAGAGAAGGUACUCGUGCACCGGUGGGUGGAAGUGGAAGGACAGCAGCAAGCCCAAUCCUAAUAACGUGACUGGUGCCAUGGUCGGAGGACCAGAUAGGUUCGACCAUUUCCAUGACUCUCGAAACAAUUACAGCUACACCGAGCCGACCUUGGCUGGGAACGCUGGUCUGGUCGCCGCACUCGUGUCCCUCACUGUCACCGAUGCCAACUACGGCAUCGACAAGAACUCCAUUUUUGAAGCGGUUCCACCACUUUACCCGCAGAGCCCACCUCCUCCGCCUCCUUGGCGACCUUGA